ACUACGCUCUCCCACCAGUAAACCAAGUAAACAUAAACCAAAUUUUAACGGACCAGCUAUGAACACAAUUUAUCAGAAAAAUUCACAGCUGUUACCUUUGCUGAUGUAAUAGUGACAAAAACGAUGUAAAUAAAUUAAAGACUUAUAUGCUACUUGUAUCCUAAUAAACGUUUAGUAUGUGCUAUUUGUAUCGUCAAUAUAAUUUUCUAUAAAUUACAACAAUUUUACAGUAUACGUUUGAAAAGGAGCACGCGAAUGUGAAAGACAGCUUUUUCAACUUUGAAUCAUCCCGAGGACAGAAACAUGAAUUUUAAUCCACUCAUAGUGCAUACAAUUUCAUUUUUAAACAUGUUGGCAGUAGUACUCAUUUUUGAAGCAUUAUGUAUAUUAGUCGUUUUGCCUAUUUUAUUAAUAAUAUCGAGAAAACUAUAUUCUAAAAAACGAGCAAAAAGAUCGAGAAAGAAAAUAGUUGUAGGCAUCUUUCAUCCUUAUUGUAAUUCAGGUGGUGGCGGCGAAAGAGUACUUUGGGCUGUGAUUAGUGCCAUACAAGCCAGAUAUUCCAAUGUACACAUAGUAGUUUAUACCGGAGAUCUAGAUGCCGACCCAGAACAGAUUCUUAGCAAAACAGAGAAAGUAUUUAAUUUUAAAACCCAGCACAAAAUUGAAUUUGUGUACCUGCAUAGACGUAAAUGGGUGGAAGCUUCUAUGUACCCUUAUUUUACACUUUUGGGUCAAAGCUUAGGAUCCAUUUGGUUGGGUAUAGAAGCUUUAAACAGUCUUGUGCCAGAUAUUUACAUUGAUACUAUGGGUUAUGCCUUUACAUAUCCAUUAUUUAGAUAUAUCGGUGGGUGUCGAGUAGCAACAUACACUCACUAUCCCACAAUUUCAACAGAUAUGCUCAGACACAUUUAUAGAAGAGUUGUAUCUCAUAAUAAUAGAAGAGUUAUAGCUAGGAACCCAUUUUUGUCGGCAGCCAAAAUUGUUUACUAUAAAUUGUUUGCAUUUCUCUAUGGUUGGGUUGGCAGUUGCGCAGAAAUUAUAAUGGUUAAUUCCUCGUGGACCGAAGAACACAUUAACGCAAUUUGGAAGUGUCCGUUAAAAACUCAUAGGAUUUAUCCGCCGUGCGAUGUGAAGCACUUAACGGAACUACCACUUCUCAGCGAUGAUGAGAAAUGUGAUAAAAUUCGUAUAGUAUCGGUUGCACAAUUUAGGCCAGAAAAAAAUCACCCGUUAAUGUUGAGAAUAAUGUAUGAACUUAGAUCGAUUGUUAAAGAAGAAACGUGGGAGAAAAUUCGACUAAUUCUUGUUGGCUCUUGUCGAAAUGCAGAUGACGAAGUACGCGUAAAAGAUAUGCAGGAUUUAUCGAAACACUUUGCAUUAGAUGAAAAUGUGGAAUUCAAAUUAAACAUACCAUACUCGGAGCUUAUCUCAGAACUUCAAAGAGCAACAAUAGGACUACAUACAAUGUGGAACGAGCAUUUUGGUAUCAGUGUUGUUGAAUGUAUGGCAGCAGGAUUAAUUGUAGUGGCUCAUUCUUCCGGUGGUCCAAAAGCUGAUAUAAUAGAGACACAGCCUGGAUCACAAAAUGGAUUUUUAGCUGAAGAAGCUGAAGAAUACGCAACGAUAAUAGCGCAUAUUAUAAAUAUGCACCCAGAAGACAAAAAUGCUAUUCAAAUGGCUGCCAGAGCAUCCGUAAGUCGAUUUUCGGACGAAGCAUUUGAAACGGAAUUUUCACGAACGAUAGAACCAUUUUUUAGGCAAAAACAAGAAUGACUGUUUCACAUGGAAAAAUAAUUUUUAAGUACCAAUUUAUAAAUAAAAACUA